GCGGCCAGGGCUCGCUGCUGUGCGUAGCGUUCGCUCCGACGUAGAGCGCGAGACAGACAACAUCAUCAGACGCGAGCGAAAUACUGGAUUAAUUCGCAAUCUACAAAAACAACCAGCGACCGUGCAGAACGAUAAACACCAUGAACCCUGUUUAUAACCCUGCGUCAACAGGGGUUCCUUAUGCCAACCCUAAAGGAAUAGGAUACCCAGCGGGAUUUCCUGUGGGUUAUGCAGCGGCAGCUCCAGCGUACUCCCCCAGCAUGUACCCUGGUGCUACUCCAGCCUUUCCUACAGGUUAUGCUCCUGGGACCCCUUUCAAAAUGUCCUGCUCCCCAACAACAGGUGCUGUACCCCCCUAUUCCUCAUCACCCAACCCCUACCCUGCUGCCGUCUACCCUGUGAGAAGUCCCUACCCCCAGCAGAACCCCUACGCACAGAUGUUCUUUCCACAGCAGCAAGGCACUUACUACACACAGCCCCUUUACGCAGCGCCGCCGCAUGUCAUUCAUCAUACAACGGUGGUCCAGCCCAAUGGCAUGCCGGCGGCCAUGUAUGCCCCUCAAAUUCCCCCACCCCGUCCUAAUGGAGUCGCCAUGGGAAUGGUUGGAGGCACCACCAUGGCGAUGUCAGCUGGGACGUUAUUAACCACUCACUCUCCAGCCCCGGUCGCGCCCCACCCCUCAAUGCCCACGUACCGCCAGCCCGCCACUCCUACCUACAGUUACGUGCCGCCGCAGUGGUGAACACGACACUGUGAGUGCAAAUCCCACGUUUACCAACUCUUUAGGUCAAAAGAUGGUAGAUAUGCAUUCUCACUGUCCAGUAUUUUACAAUUGGAGCUGACACUACAAGUGCUAUCAGAAAGUUGCUCUUCCUUCCAAACAUAAUGUGAAUCCGACUCCAGUUGGAAGAUGAAAGGAAAGAGUAUCUUCCCAGUUCGGCUCUGUAACAACUUCCCAUCUUUCACUCAUUCUACGACAUAUCUCACGGCCGAAGAACAGACAAGCUCUUCAUGCUGAAUUGUGUUGUGUGGACUGUCUUGCAGUUUUUAGCUAACUCUUUAAUUGGUGAAACCGGAAAGGGAGUUGGAAUUAGUUUUAAUUGGAAUACCUAUUGAAUGCAUGUAUAUAUUUUAAAAAAAAAAAAGGCAAAAAGAGACAUAAAAUAAUAAUUCCAUCAGCAAUGGCUCAUUCUACCACAUAUGACAGAUGCAAAACCAUCAGCAGUUAUCUCAAGCAAAAAUCCAAAGGGAUUGGGAGAAAAACAACUGUACAUUAAAUGCAAUGUCUUAAUUGUUAUUUCAUACAAGAUAUUAAUAACGUUAGCAUUUAAAAUAACUUUUUUUUGUUUGUUAUUUUUCCUGGUUUUAAUUUGGGUAUUUGUAACUGCAGGCAUGGUUCGUCUUCUCUGGGUGACGGUGUGUUUGUUACUGCUUUGCCCCGCUUGAAGACGAACCCUUAGGGUUUGUGCCUCCGCUUCAUAUGCCUGUUUUUAGUUGAUAAGUUUUAUCACUCUACACGCUCUCGCUGCAGUUAAUUGUUGCACUAAUUGCCUGUGUGUGUACAUAAAUUGGUUGAUUGAGCUGUAUUGGUGCUGAGAGCAUGCAUACUCAUUUGUGUACCUCUGGCUUGGUUUUCUUAACUUUUAAAAUUUGACCGAAAAAAAUUACAUUGGAAUCGCACUGAGUUUGCGAAAUUUUAAGUGGUAAAUUGUUUGUGCUUAAUUCAAGAAAAAAAACAAAACAACUCAAUUAAGUUGAUUUGAUAACACUACUGAGGAGAGGUGAAUUUGAAUUAUUAUUGACCCAAAUCUCUACAUUGCGUGUUUCCUCAAGAUUACACAGUAUGUAACUGAAUUUCAUUGUCUUUUUACUUUAAACAUUGCCUAUGUCACUUCGGUUAAAGAAUGUUUUGUAAUGUUUAAUGUGUUUUUGUUUUGUAUUUUCAAAAAAGACCAACAAAUAAAUACAAUAAUAAAU